CCCGUGCGGUUGUCUGCCUGUGACCGCCCCCUCUUGGGGUUCCAGGCCGAGGACCCACCCAGCCAGUGGGGCCGGUCCGCGGCUGCUGCUGCCGCCGGAAUGUAGCUGUGCUCUCAGUGUGCUGCGGAGGAGGACGCCGUUGCGAGAUUGGAAGAUGGCGACCGUUUGGAGGCUGUUAAGGACACGCCGGAGCUGAUACCCGGAGACGAGCGGACCUUUAAAACACAGUCACGGAAGAGCACGUCUUAAGCGGCGGUACUGUCGACGCUCCCACGGCUGAAAGGGCUGAAAGUGACGGCGUCAUUCGUGAGAAAGCCUCACCAAAAGAACGAUGCGUCCGCCGGACCAGCUAAUUAGCGCACUGAUUCUGUUGAAGCUAACGUUAGCACAGAUUACCAGCAGUAACACAAGGAAGUCAGCACCCGUUUACUCGUUUAUCAUUGAGACUGUUGAGUAGUUGGAACACAGCACAAUUAAGGGAUUUUUAAAAGGUGUUUUUUUCCAAUUCUUUGGUCGUGUCUUGAAUGGAAACGCUUCCGUAUCCUUUCUAUCAAACGACUCCUAGGCGUUAGCUAAAAUGCUAGCGAUGUUAGCAUAACACUCCGAGGAAAGAGCGUUAAAAGACGUUAUUUAAACUACACUCCGAAAUGCUGCUUUAUAAAGUCUACAACAACCGCCGACGAUGUCAGUCGGUUAGCUUUAUUCGCGAAAAACAAGGAGUACUCAACAUUUCCGUUAUGUGAUGGCUAGCUAGUGUGUUGUUCCUAACGACAUAGUGGGAUGGAUGUGGGAAAAGAAAGAUUGGCUAAAGGGACAACUCGUCUCAAACAACGAUGAAAACAAUUAAUACCUACACAUGUACAAAGGGCACAGAGAAAGGUGUUCCAAAGUUCAAGCUAGUUACUAUCGUUGGGUUCAUUUGAAUGUACUACAAGGCGUCGGUCUUUAUAUCUCAUUGCAGUAGUUUAAUACCUAAUAAUAGACCUGAUUGAUUACCACUGCUAACCUCAGUAAUGGUGCUGCAAAUUGCAGUGCUUCUACAUUGUGUCCCGUAAUAAUCCUAAACUUUAUGAAUCCCUGUGGGUACAUUUACAUUUUUCACUGCAUGCACUGUCCAUCGCAAUUGCAGUCUGGUAUUUCUCUUCAUGAACAUUACGCACAUGUAUCACCAUCUUGUCUCCCCUGUCCCAACAGACCAUAAUGUCCCAAACAACCAACUGUGACGAUGGAUGCUUUGUUGCCAUGGACACUGAGGACGAUGGCGCCGACCCCGCUGGAAGAAUAGAAGCCCUUGAUUCAAAGACGGGGUCCUAUCGGGAAGAAGGGGACAUGGACACGUGUGCCAAAGCGGGAGGGAGAACCAUGAUGGAGCUGCCAGAGGAAGUCCUUGAAUAUAUUCUGUCCUUUCUGUCACCAUACCAGGAGCACAAAAUGGCUGCGCUUGUAUGCAAGCAGUGGUAUCGCCUCAUUAAAGGUGUCGCUUAUCAGUGCUAUCAUGGGUUCAUGAGAGCUGUCCAGGAUGGAAACAUUCAAUGGGAAAGUCGAACAUACCCGUAUCCAGGAACUCCAAUUACGCAGCGCUUUUCACACAGUGCAUGUUAUUAUGACUCAAACCAGUCCAUGUAUGUGUUUGGGGGCUGCACCCAGAGUAGCUGCAAUGCUGCCUUUAAUGAUUUAUGGAGACUCGACCUGAACAGCAAGGAGUGGAUCCGUCCUCUCGCUUCAGGCUCAUAUCCAUCUCCUAAAGCUGGAGCAACUCUCGUGAUGCACAAAGAUCUGUUAGUGCUGUUUGGAGGGUGGACUAGACCUAGUCCUUACCCACUGCACCAACCAGAGAGAUUUUUCGAUGAAAUCCACACCUACUCCCCUUCAAAGAACUGGUGGAACUGUAUAGUAACGACACAAGGACCGCCACCCAUGGCUGGCCACUCUUCAUCUGUUAUUGGAAACAUCAUGGUGGUGUUUGGAGGCUCUUUAGGAGCACGGCAAAUGAGUAAUGAUGUGUGGGUUUUGGAUCUGGAACAGUGGUCCUGGUCGAAACCAGCCAUAUCAGGCCACUGCCCACACCCGCGAGGUGGCCAGUCACAGAUUGUGAUUGAUGAUCACACGCUGCUCAUUUUGGGAGGCUGUGGAGGCCCAAAUGCUCUCCUCAAGGAUGCCUGGCUGCUUCACAUAGAUGUGUCCGCGUGGAGGUGGCAGCAGCUGCAGGUGGAAAACGAGGAUCACGGUGCCCCGGAGCUGUGGUGCCACCCAGCUUGCAGAGUGGGCCAGUGUGUGGUGGUCUUCUCGCAGGCUCCUUCUGGCCGCGCACCACUCAGCCCAAGUCUUAACUCUCGCCCCUCCCCGAUAAGUGCCAUACCUGCCCCCCUGGGCCCGGAACCGCCUUCUUUGCGCUCUCAGUCUCCCGUGCGGAGUGGGGCAGCGGGCGUCGUUCUCGGUGCUGUCGAAGAGGCUCCGUGCGUGAACGGCCGAUGGGGCACGCUGAGACCCCGACCUUCAGCCAGAGGAAGCGCCAGGGACGGCAGCCCAUCCUCUUCCCAGCAGCCGUCUCCUUCGCACUGCCCCGACAGCCCCCCACAGCCUCCGCCAUUACUGAAUGGCUCCUCCCCUUCCCCGCGGACCAGUCCGGCACAGGCUGCAUCGCCGCCCCUUCGCGCCCAUCCGCCUGCCUCUACAGACUAUAGCUGGGAGGCAGCACACCACCCCGAAGUGCCCAGCACUAACGGCCUGUACACACCUCCUACGGGUUCCCCGCGCACUCCACCGGGAGCAGUUUCCCCAGCUGCCUUACGACGAGGCCUGGAGGCGGUCAAAAACACAUCUUCCCCUUCUUUACCGUCUUCGUUAUCAUCGCCUUCCCUUCAAACGCAGGGAGCUUCUGCUGGAGGAGGAAGUGGUGGAGCAGGAGCGGGCCCCCCUGGAACUUCCCCGUCCUCCUCCUCCAGCCCCCCGCAGGCUGCAGGAGCAGACGGACACGCUAUCCCCCCGAUUGCCCGGCGCCUCGGCCAUCAUCCUCCUCAGAGUCUGAACGUAGGAAAACCUCUGUAUCAGUCGCUCAAUUGCAAGCCAAUGCAGAUGUACGUGUUAGAUGUGUCACGCGCCAAAACUGCUGGCACUGUGGCUUGGAGAGUUUAUGGAAACGGGACUCCUGCUGCAGUUACGGGGCCCCCAGAGACCAGCCUCCACACUGUGGUGCAGGGCAGGGGAGAGCUUAUUAUUUUCGGAGGCCUCAUGGACAAGAAACAGAACGUGAAGUACUACCCUAAGACAAACGCCUUGUACUUUGUCCGUGCAAAGAGGUAAUAACGGAGCGCAGGGGAUCAUAGGGAUUCAGCCCAUGACCACACAAGGGAAUUGACACAUAAGGCCUUUUUCUUAUAGGAAGGAUUAUUGGGGAAUCUGUUAGAUGUUCCACUUCACAAUCUUCUCCCUCCUGGCUUCUGCAAAAUAAAACAUCUUAGCCACAUUUUGAUUAAAAAAAAAUAAAUACAUGACGUUAUUUUUGACUGCAUUGAUCCUACAUGACAUUAUUAGCUCCAAAUAGACAAUAUACAGACCAUAACAUUUCCGCUUCUGUCGUCUUCUGAACUCUUAAGGAAGGACGCUGUUGAGAGAAACGCAUGACGACUACCUUGCUUUUGGUAUCAUUCUUUAAGCCUGCAAUGUUUACAUUGAGAACUGUGUGUGUGUAUGUGUAUGCGCGCGUUUAUGCUCGGUGGUGGUUAAAAGUUGUGAGAGAUGUGGGACUAUACUAUAAACAUAGUAAAACAAUAAAGGCCUCCACGUCUCCUCUCUG